AAUAGCAGUCCAGAAGCUCCCUCUGAACCCCACACCACAUCUACUUGUCUCCAACUGAGCAACAAGUGGAAGAGGAGCAGCACCAGCUACAGAGCUGAACAUGAAGUCUCUUAUUCGUCUCUCACUCCUGCUUCUCCUGGCUGCAGUUCUGGUGCAAGGAAUGCCAACCUCCAGCAGAGGACGCUGUCUUUGUGUAACAGCUGGUAUACGUUCAAUCCACCCAAAAUAUAUUGCAAAGGUUGAAAUAUAUGGGCAAAGCAGCAGUUGUCAGCAAAUCGAAGUGAUUGUCACACUGAGAGGGAGCGAGCAAAGAAAAUGUCUGAACAGCAAAUCCAAGCAAGCAUCACGCCUGAUACAGAAAUUCUUGAGGAGAAGUAAGUAACAGCAGCGACCCGAAAGGAAGACUGUGCAAAACUACUAGUGACCAUGACUGCUCAUGCCAUUUACCUGCUCACAACGAGGCGAGCACCCAACCAGCCGGACUCAUCACUGGAGUGCUAUUCCAUAGCUUCUAGCCAAGAAAGUACAUCAUGAUGUGUGAUCAGCCCCACAGCAGAUAAAAUAUUUGCAACUGUU